AGAGAGAGAGAGAGAGAGAGAGAGUUUCUUUUUAAACACCACUCACUGAGACCUGGCCAUUGGCGCACGAGCGCGAGCUGAUCUGUGGCAGAAGUUGCCUGCGCGCAAACUUUUCCCCUUUUUUGUGAGCGCAAGUAUGGAUGUCUUUCCUACAUGUUUUCAAGACUUCAAACGCUGAACCGCUCCUGGUUCUUUCACUACUCAUCCCACGUUCUGGCUUACAUUUGCAACAAACUGACUCAUUUCCUGUAGUCCUCCGAGUCGCGUGCUGUGGCUGUUGCGCGGCUGUUUUGCGCGCGCUGAAUUUGAGUUGUGCGUGUCCGGUGUAUGUUCACUCCACGGAACUAAAGCGCAGUCGGAAGGUGCGAUGAGGCUGCUUGCUUGGAGUUUGCUGAUCCUGAGCCAAAGGAUUCUGCGAAAGGUUCAUGGCCUGGAAAAGCAGGUUGGGAAAUCUUUGGAUUACCUAGAGAUAGGCACUGCAGGGUCUGUCCUGAAGCCCGUUCCUUAUGGUGGACCUGGAGGAGGGGGCAUAGGGACAGGUGGAGGAGUUAAACCCCCAUUCCAGACCUCCAGAAUAUUCUCCUCUAUGGACCACACACCUAUGAAACCCAAGCCACCCAGCUUUGGCUUACCGAACCCAUAUGAUUGGGCCAGGAACCAGUCGCAGCUUCUAGAUCAGACAGGCUACCACCCCAAGCGCAAACCACCCCACAAAACUGCCAUGAAGACCAAGAAGAUCUUCGGCUGGGGCGACUUCUACUUCAGCGUUAAGACCCUAAAGUUCAACCUGCUGGUGACAGGCAAGAUUGUGGACCAUGUCAAUGGCACAUUCACCGUCUACUUCCGCCACAACUCGUCCAGCCUCGGCAACGUGUCGGUCAGCAUCGUCCCACCAUCAAAGGUAGUGGAGUUUGAGGUGGUUCAGCAGCAGAGUACCCUCCAUCAGCCAGAAAUCCAGUUUCAUCAGCCUCAUCAGUCAACCAUUGAUCCCAAAGACAUCAAGACCUUCAACUGUCGUGUAGAGUAUGAGAAGACCAACCGCUCUAAGAAGCCCAAACCAUGUCUCUAUGACCCGUCUCAGACCUGUUUCACCGAGCACACUCAAUCCAAUGCUGCCUGGCUCUGUGCCAAGCCCUUCAAAGUCAUCUGCAUCUUCAUCUCCUUUUUCAGCAUCGACUACAAGCUUGUGCAGAAGGUCUGUCCAGACUACAAUUUUCAGAGUGAACAACCUUACUUUGGAUGAAGAGUGCCAAAGUGAAUGAAGUAGAGGAUGACCGACAUAUGGGAUGUUGUUAUGUGUUGUGUGUCUCUUCUACUUUCUUAAGGUUAUAUGGCUCCCCAUAAGAAAUGGUCAACAUGGUGGACAGUGAGUUUUUCCCAAGGUGCUGAGGAAAGGUUAUUGUUCCAAGUUUUCUUUGUAUAUAUUGUGAACAAAGCCACCUCAGUUAAGAUCAAUUCAAUGAAUAUUUAUUUAUUGUUUUUGUUCAGUUUUGUCUGUUUGACUGUUAGGAAUCUGGGAAGAAUGAAAGAUGCAAUGUGUAUUUUGUAUCGUUCCUUUACAGUAUAUGACCCUGAGCUCUCAGAAAUGUCAUGAGGAUGAUGUAACCAUAAGGAACAUAGCACCGAUUGUGACAGAUUCAGAAACUGGAACGACACGCAGUGCUAUCAUAUCGUGCUCCCAAUAUUAAAGCAGCGCGUCAUCGCACCUGCAGAGGGUGUAUUUUACUCUGUCAAACUUACAGUGUAAGCAAGACACAACAUGGACAUAAAUACUCUUCAUUAGGAAGGUAUUCUGUUUGUCGUUGGGACAUCUGGCACAUGAUAUGCACUCAAAACAGCAUAUGCACCCAGAAAAUACAUAUAUUCAGUACACGUAUGCCCAAAAUGUCAUUUGAUUUAAGAUUAUGGCCUAUUUAUGAAAUAGGUGGGAUUCUUUCUUACCAUAUUUUAAUAACAUUGGUAUUUAAAAUUAUUAUAAUAUGAUAAUACUAAUCUUGUUUUGGAAAUCCUAAUAGUAGAACUUGGAAUUACAGCCAGUUGUAUAAACAAUUAGUGCAUUAUGAGGAGAUAUGGGUGAUUAAAGCUGCUAUUCUAAAUCUUUGAAAAUGUAUAUGCAUUAGUACAGACUCUGUGCCCUUAUCCACCCUAUAGAUAACCAGUGGAUGAGUGAAAAGUACCGUAUGUAAAGAAAGAAUUCAACAUUAACAUAAUGUGUCUAGUGAAAGAUUGAAUAUAGUUUAAACUAAACCUUAAAAAAAAAACUUAUUUUUCUAUACACUGGCUUCAUUUUUACCAGAUGCAAAACAAAUGGGUGUUACUGAGUUGCUGACACAAAAAAAAGAAAAACAUUAUAGUCACAUCUCAUCCUACUCCAUUUUAUUUUAUUCUGUUUUGUUUGCACCGUAAAGCACCAAAAUAUAUUCUCUUCAUUUCUGGACAACCGAUUAGUCUGUGAAUCAAGGAGGGGAAGGAAGAACUGAAAUUGCAGGUCUGUGAUAAAGUAUUGCUUGAUGAUGUGUAUAUUUGACAUUGAGAAAAAUAAUGUGUGUAAAUAACCUAUCACAAAAUAAAUAAGUAAAAGCUGGUC